AUUCAAGAUUCCUCAAGUCAAGGACACCCAGGAUAACAAUUCUUGUCAACUUUGUAGCAAUCCACCUGUCAGCAACCUCCAAUGUCCCUUUCGAAAGGGAAUCCUUUAUUAUUCACGGGGAAGUAUGCUAUGUGAGCACAAUAUUCAUCGCUCUAGUAAGCACGAGCCACGAAUCCUUCGAAGUGUCCAAAGCCCACCGUCGUAUGAACUACUUUUUUUGAGGUUCAAGCUCAUUCCAAUUGAAAGAAAUCGGGUCCUACUCAUGAGACUAGACCGGUUCCAGAGCGACGACGAAUGGUUUAGCGACAAGGAACAGCCUAGCAAUGCUCCCCUGAGUCUUGAGCCUAACGAAGUAUCACACCUCGAACUUUCAAUUCACGAAAUCUGCGACCACCGUGUUGGCCCUACUUUGUGGACCUACCGCGGUUUUUCGGAUAAACCAGAUCUCGAUGACUUAAAGCCAUUGAGGUCGCCUGCGAAUAUUUUGGGCAUUACAUUUGACAACGACUGCAUACGUCAAAUGCAGCUACUCGCAAUGGACUUCGACUAUGCACGUUAUCGUCACCUUCUGAUUGAUGAGGCUGAGCUUCUUCACUUGUAUGGCAGGAUCAUAGCCCCAGUUGCCGACUUUGCAUGUUCUCCCGAUGGGCGGAUUCUUUGCGUGAGACAAGUUCCUGACACGGAAGCGAUUGCGAUGUUACACUCCGGCUCGGCCAAUUCUAGAUUCAAUUUGAUUACCCAGGUGCCAAUUCCCCAAACAAGACCAAUACGUUACCGUUGGUCUUUCCCACCACCUGCAUUUUCUGCCGAUGGGUCAAAGUUUGCUGUUGCUGCAAAUGAUGGCACACUGUCCGUUUGGGAUGUUCGAAAUAAAAUUCCCUUGAUGGUAAAAGAGCCUGAUUACGAUGUGCUUAGGGUGGUUUCUCUGCAAUUUAGUAGCGGAACUCUCGGCGGAGAAGUUUUGGCAUUCGUGGAGACCAAAGGCGCUACUAUCCGUCUUCACCUCAUUGACCCAGCAUCGUUUGAGAUCGAGGAGACACUCGACUUGGAACAAAGAAACCCAUUACUCAUAUCGAACUCAUAUGACCCCAGGCCCAUACGUCUGAGCGCACUUUUCUUCGAUCCGGAUGGUGAAAUAAUGUAUAUUGAGUGGAAAGGAACACUUUACGAAUGGACACUUCAGGCAAGAGAGGGUCCAGCGUGGUGGCUCGGUGAAGGGUACCAUGCCUAA